GUUGAAAGGGCCCACCCUCCUUGCAUUUCCGUAGGAAGUGACGCGAGGUGAUCGGACAGCCAAUCGGCGAGAAAGAGAUCAGAACUUGAAAUUGCAUUUACCCGACGUUCCAAAAUAAAGUGACGGCAGCGCGAGAGUGAUAGUAAUGGAGACAUAAUGUAAACUGCAAAGAAUGCCUAUAAGAAGUCUCCACUGUAUUGUCUGGUGUCUGACUACAUGAAAGGUAAAUCAUCUGAGAUGUUCAUAACAACUUCAAACACUCAUCACAAUGAUCCACCAGCUACCAGCAAUGGAGGAAUGCAUUUGAAGUCCAUUCCACUGGACAUAAUUCCAUCCAAUACUUUAACUCCAAUCAAAGAUCUCCAGAAACUGUGCAUGGAGCAGCCAUGCACCUCAACGACUCCAGCCAAAAAGCCCAAUCAGUUGGUUUACACAACAACAGCUCUCCAGUCAACUCUGAUUCAAGAUGGAACUUGUCCUCUUGAGUUUCCUAAUCUCAGUGUUAUAAAACCAAGUGGUGUCCCACAAGGAAUUAAAUUGUGUAGGAAUGAUCCUGCACCACAUGGAACAAUAGGUUACUUCACUUCUGCUGAUGCUGAUUUUGUUCUUGAAUCUCCAGCCAAAAUUUUCCAGAGGAUGAAGGCAUUCAAAGUUCAAGAGAAAAAGCUUCAAACGCCCAUUAAAAAUAAAAAAUUCUCUGAUAUUCUAAACUGCCAGCGUGACAUGAUACUGACACCUAUCACCAAUCUGUCAGUUUAUAGCAGAGAGCGGGGUAGCCGACUAUUCCUUAAGCAACUGAUGAAUACCAAUGGAAAACCUGCCUGUAGCAACAUGUGUUCAGACUCAGAAAUACCUACAGACAUCUUAACUGCAUCGCCAGCAAAAACAUUCCUCUUAAUGAAAGAGAAGGCUUUGGAGAGGCAAAAGUUAAUCCAUAAGGAUGCCACCCACAGCCAGAAGGGAGUAGAUGUUACUACACCUAACACUGGCUCAAACCGUGUAUUUCCUGUCGAGAACCCUGAGAAACCAGCAAAACGAGUUGAUUUCCUGAAAGUUAGCGAAGAGUGCAUUGUGAGCAGCACAAAUCCCAGCCCAGACAUAGCACUGGGUGAAAAAAGAAAUGAGGAGGAAGAUGAUGAAGUGUCUCAACAAAGCCAACUAAGUUCAUUGCAGAAUGAAACAUUGACCCCAGAAAUCUGUAAACAGACCAGUUCAAGGAAAAGCAAAGAGAAUUUGAAAACAGCUAGUGAACACUUGUAUAACAAAACAGGUUUUAUGGUUGAGCCAAAGUUCAUGCCAGGAAUUGAGAAAUUAAAAAACCUUGGCAUUAAAGGUCCGACCUUAUGCCCUGAUAUGUGUGAUAUUUUACUAAUAUCCCCUAAAAUUCAUAUUCCAAGGAAGCAGAAGUCCAGAGAAGUGCCAGCUGCAGUUCUUUACCCUGAUACAAACAGAAGUAAUCCGAAAGAAAAGGAAAACAUUCUCUUGACUGAGUGGAUUGUAACAUUUUCCAAUAAAGCUGGUGUGUGCUUAGAGGGGAAACGAGUGGAUGCCUCAGGGCUGUAUUGGCACAGUAAUGUUAUAGUCGAACGUAUCCAAAGUGAUAAAGUGAAGACUUUUUCUGGCCGUGUCUAUGAACUGAAAGGGGAGGCUGAUAAAGCUACUAUGCAGUUGGAAGGAGGAGGAUUUCCCCCUUGGUUUGUGCACAAGUUUGCUUCUGGCUUUCCAGAGGACUGGAAGACUCAUGUGGAUCGUGUUCUGAAGGAAAGACACAGGGCUGAAAUAAAAGGAAAAAAUAUUAACCGUAUGAAGAAUGGAGAUAUUAAACAAAAUAGUCUGAAGGGCAUUCAAGAAAGGGCAAAACAUUGCUGCACAGAUACAAAAAAUAAGCCUGCUAGACAAAGAAACGAUUUAUCAAAAGAACUUAUGAGGCGCCUGCCUAGCUCUGCCACCAUUAAUACCAGGUUCAACCUUGGUGAUACUGACCAGAGAAAAACCAGAGCCUGCAGUGCUUUGCACACUGAGCCAAAAGGUAUGACAUCAAAUAAUGUACAAUGCAGAACUUCAGACAGCUGGGAUUCCAGUAACUCUGAUACAGACCGGGAAAAAACUAGAAGAAGGAAAAUUGUAUCAAAGGAUCAUACAUCCAAGUUGACUAAUAACCUCUCCACCACUGAUGCCAGAAUCAAUCCUAGCCACAAUAACAAUUGUACAUAUGAUUUGUCAUCUGAAGGAUCGCCCACGGUUCCAAAAGAAAGGCCGGCACUGGUUAAGAGCAGGAAUGUAAUUACAGAUCUACAGACUAAGCACCGUUCUGUGUCAGAAGAACUGCACUCAUCACUCCUCCCUAAACCUUUCAACUACACAAAACACAUUGCCAUUAAAGUACAAAAUUCAACAUAUGAUGCGUCUCCCUCUGAAAGUGAUGUCAACAUACAUCCAUACACCACCAGAUGCCCCACUAGUUAUUCAGCAAGUGGAAAGCAAAGGGUGGAGAAUGAGCAAAAUACCCCCCCUGCACAACUGUCUAAUCGUGAUGCUACCGUUAGCCGCAGCGGACGACUUAUUAAACCUGUCCUGAAAUACUGGUGUGGAGAACGAGUAGUGACUGACCGGAACUUAAAUUUUGUGAUUGAGGAAGGAUCAGCAGAUUAUCUAGAGGCAGACACGAGUCUAGUUAAAACAAAUUCUGAAACUGAAUGCAGGCAACCCUCCACUCCCAAGGAGUUAGGCAAAAUUUCCCCCAGACUGAAUAAAGGCAGUUCAAACAUGGAGCAGCAACAAAGAUCAACACAGCUUCGAAAACAGAUUUGGACAAAGGAUUCAAUUCUGAAUCGAAACGAAAGUUUGGGCAAGAGUAGCACGGACACAAGUGUUUUUGAGAGUGAAAUCGGAACGCGCCAGUCAGAGAAGGAUUCUAAAGAAGAUCAGAUUUGUAAAUUGCCUUUGCAGAAACCAGGCAAUGCUCCUGUCGAUCUGGGGGAUAACUUGUCUGAGACUGAAUCUUCAGAAGAGGACAGUCCGUCUGGCCAUAUUUCUAUUAAAAGGACACCAAGAUCUUUAUCCCAAAAGGACAUGAAUAAAUGUAAGCAAGACUUGCACACUGAGGGAAACAAAUACGGUUCUGUGGAAUUUCUCAAUAAUUUGAGAAGUUCUCCAAAAGAGACCCUAAAACAAAAAGGCCCUCGCCAUAAAAGAAGUAGGGGAUAUAAAGCUGAACCACAAAGCAUUGAUCUUCUAAGCUCUGCUGACUCUGAUAAGGAAAAAAGAACCAACGCUAGAAAAUCUUCUGUUCGGAACAAUCUGAGAUCUCAAAGGCAAGCUGGCCGCUCGGCACUGCGCGCUUGUAAGUUUAGCCUUGAGGCCUCCGAAGAAACAUCCAGUUCAGAUAAUGAUCCGCAGCAGCAGCCAACAAAUGCCACAGCUAGAAGUUCUAUGGGCUCCGUACGUAGUCCUACUUCAAGAUUAGUUUUUAGUAAAAGGACAAGGGUUCUGCCCAGAAACCAAAGUUCUGCUGUACCCUUUAUAAAAAUGAAUCACGGUGAGGAAUGGACAGAGAAGGAAGUUGAGCGUCUUUACAAGGCUAUUUCCGCUCUGCCAAAGCAUAAAAACGAAUUCUGGGUAGAGGUGGCCAUGUCUGUAGGCAGCCGCUCUGCUGAGGAGUGUCAGGAAAAAUACCUAGAGAAUCAACAGUCGAGGGCAUCUAAGGCCCAAUCCAAAAAGAAACCUGAGUCCAGAAAAAAAGAACAAAAGGCAGGGAGUGGCUCAGAGGAGAAGCCAUUGAAAAUAACCGCUAAAGUUGGCACCCUCAAAAGAAAGCAGCAAAUGAGACAAUUUCUGGAACAAAUUCCAAAGGAUGACCAUGAUGACAUUUUCACUGCUACACCAUUCCAGAGCAAGAGAGUGAAGUUGCCGACAUUUAAAGCAAGUCACGAGGACGAUGUGUUUCAGCUGAGCAACACUGACCCAACAACACCUUCUUCAAGUCUUUUCCCCUGGGCUUACACUCCCCAGUGUGAUCACAUUAGCCCGGGAAUGUUGGGCUCCAUACACAGCUCAACCAAUGACAGAUAUGUGUACAGAAUGCAGAAACACACCAAAGGAGGCGCAUUAUCACAAUGGGGAAAAUUAAAUAAAAGACCUGUUGGAGCUUCGUGUGCCCCUCCAAUUUCUCAACGGACAGCGGCACUGGGCAGAGGCUGUAAAGAUACAUCGGACAUUGGAAAACUCUUUAAAACUGACGAACCAACUGCAUCAGAUGAUGAUGACGAUGAAGAAGAGGACUUCUAUUUUUCAAACCCUUCUCCAUAGACAAAGUAACAACUCACUCCCUAACUUUUCUGUCCAGAACAAACAUUUUAUUGAUGAUCCUGCUCAUAUGCUGCUGAUUUCGGUAACUACAAAAAAGGAAUUCUUUAGGCAAAUGUGAUAUAUUGUACUUAUGUAAUCAUUCUCGGCUGGAAUUCAUUUAACAGUGUAUACUGCUUUAGGUGUAGUUGUUGAAUAAAUUGUCAGCUAUUGAAUGAAUUUCUGUUCCCAGUAUAUAUAUAUAUAUAUAUAAAAUAUUAAUACAUGUUAAAUUGUGUAUAGUCCUUUGUUCACUCAGUUUUACUUACCCUUCAGCCCCAUUUUGUUUUUGUUUAUUUAUAAAUAAAAGUGACUUCUCUAUA